AUGCUGCCCUAUAUCAAUACUCCGUUCGAGUAUGUCGCUGGCAAGCUUGGAGCCUCAACCGAUGAAUUCAAACUCAUCGUCCUGUUCCUGAUCUCAUACCCACUUGCGGCGGUGCUCAAACGUCUGCCAGACGAUAAGCCUUACCUCAAAAACAUCUUCAACAUCUCGGUAGCUGUUUUCUACCUGGUAGGCCUCUUCGACCUAUGGGGCGGACUGGUUGUCAUCUUGAUCGAUGCGGUUGGAACAUACCUGAUUGCUGCAUAUGUUGACGGACCUUUCAUGCCAUGGGUCGGCUUUGUGUUCCUCAUGGGUCACAUGUCCAUCAGUCACGUCUAUCGGAUGAUUGAAGAUGCACCCAGUUCGGUCGAUAUCACCGGAGCUCAGAUGGUCAUGGUCAUGAAGCUUUCCGCGUUCUGUUGGAAUGUGUGGGACGGUAAGCAGAACCCAGCCGAUCUGAACGAAAUUCAGAAGGAGCGGUCUGUAAAGAGCCUGCCCGAUAUUCUGACCUACGCUGGCUUCGUGGCCUUCUUCCCAUCAGUCAUGGUCGGUCCAGCAUUCGACUUUGUGGACUAUGAGCGUUGGAUCAACACCACAAUGUUUGAUCUCCCACCCGGUACGGAUCCAUUGAAAGCUCCGCCAACCCGCAAGAAGCGAAAGAUUCCRCGUAGCGCCACCCCAGCCAUGUUCAAGAUGGUGACUGGCCUUCUCUGGAUUUUUGCUUUCCUGCAGCUAUCAGCAUACUCCAACCCUCAGGUCGUCCUUAGCGAUCGCUAUCGGGACAUGAACUUCUUUUGGAGAGUUUAUCAUCUCCAUAUGCUCAGUUUCGUGCAGAGAAUGAAGUACUACGGUGUUUGGACACUGACCGAGGGUGCUUGCAUUCUCGCUGGCAUCGGAUACAAGGGUUUUGACCCAAAGACCGGCAAGGCAGACUGGAGCAGACUGACAAACAUCAAGCCCACUGGUGUUGAAUUUGCACAGAACAGUCACGCAUACCUCGGAAACUGGAACAUCAACACGAAYCACUGGCUGAGGAAUUACAUGUACCUACGUGUGACUCCAAAGGGACAAAAGCCAGGUUUCAAAGCAAGUCUAGCAACUUUCGUGACCAGCGCCUUUUGGCAUGGCUUCGCACCAGGUUACUACAUGGCAUUCGUGCUAGCCAGCUUCAUUCAGAAUGUUGCGAAGAAUUCUCGUCGUCUUCUUCGACCAUUCUUCAUGACCCCCGACGGCAAGAAGCCCACCGCGAACAAAAGAUACUACGAUGUUCUUACAUGGCUCGUCACCCAGCUUGUGUUCUCCUUCACCACAGCACCCUUCAUCCUGCUCAACAUACAUGACAGUACUCUUGUCUGGGCACGAGUCUAUUUUUAUGCCAUCAUCGGAGUGACGGCAUGCAGUCUGUUUCUGGUCACGCCAGGAAAGGCAUUUCUGGUCAAGAAAGUCAGGGCACGCACAGGAGCUGGUCGGCCAGGUUCUCUCAAGAGGAACGAAAGCCAGGAAAGCUUGCAAGGUGCAACUCUCGGUAUCCCUACUGCGCCAGGUGACACGUUCGACGAGAUGGUCGAUGAGAUCAUCGAAGAGGUUAAGAGGAGGCGCGGUACUGCUCCUGGACCAGAGGGUGCUGAAUUGAGGAAGAAGGUCGAGGUGGCGUUGCAGAACGCAGGCGGAAAGAAGGAGCUGUAG